CAAAAGAGAGAAGAUUGUGAGAAGAGAAAUGUUACGAAAUGAUUAAGAAAAUACGAAAGUUGAUGGAAAGUGGGGGCGAGUGGGGAUUGUUUGACAAAUGAAAAGAAAAGGAUACGAAUUCUUGUCAGGUUAUAAGUUAAAGGAGGGGGAAAAGUCUGUGAAAUAAAACGUUUCAUCAGAGUCAAGCAUGUCAUAGUUCGACGAGACUAAGUGCACGUCAUAACAAAGAUGAAAUACUUUAUGAUAUUAGGAAUUCUCGCCUGCAGUAUCCAUAUUAUCACGGCUAAGGAUACUCGUACGGAAUUUGAAAAAGCGCUGAUCGUACCGAAUAUAUUAGACGUAGCACCGACGGAGAAAAUCGAGGUGAAAUAUGGAGACAAGAUUGUUGAUUUGGGAAAUGAACUAACUCCAACAGAAACGCAACAGAUUCCAGAAAUUCAUUACAAAUACGAAGGAGGUGUACUUUACACGUUAGUAAUGACAGAUCCCGAUGUGCCGACUAGAAAAGGAUAUAAUAGAGAAUUUCGACACUGGCUGGUCGGAAAUAUUCCGGAAGAAAAUAUUGCCAAAGGAGAAAUAUUAGCUGAAUACGUUGGUCCAGCGCCGCCAAAAAAUUCUGGAAAACAUCGAUACGUCUUUCUCGUUUAUAAACAGAAUCAAGGAUCCAUUACGUUCGACGAGAGAAGGUUAAGCAACAGAGAUGGUCCUCAGCGAAAGCGAUUCAACAUAAAGAAGUUUGCAGAAAAGUAUAAUCUGGAAGGUCCAAUAGCAGGAAACUUUAUGAAAGUUGAAUAUGAUGAUAACGUGCCCGCGUACGCGAAGCUUUUAGGAUUUUAAGGAUCUCAAGCAACUUUGACAAUUAAUUAACAAAGGAUAUUCUUUUUAUUAAUAUUCAGGUGAUGGUACGAACAUAUUGCUUGUACAAACAUGACUACCGAUCUAUAAUGAGAACGGUGAAAUGAUUAUUAAUAAAUGUUUCAUAAGACAAUAAAAGAUAGGAGAAAAAUCCGUCGAUUCCUUUAUUUUUUUCGUUGAUUCUUGUUACAAAUAUAAAACGUAUUCUAUAUAGAUUUCGCAACUCGUGGAUGGCUUUGGUUAGCUCUCGAAGUUCCAAGUUUAUAAAUCUGGAUCAUCUCGAGCGGAGAAUUGGUUGCUGGUCUCGUAGUUUCUUUUUACCAAUUUUUAAAUUGGUUAACAAUUUAUAAACAGAUAAUAAUAUCCAUUUAUCAUAUUGCAUACAAUGACUAGAGUAUGUGACAAGCGUGUUUCUCUAUAUGCAAAAAUUUUUUGAGAGUUUGACAAGUUUGUUGAAAAAGCUGAGAUAAACGCAAAA